GUAGUUUGCUUACAUUUAUUUUUGAUUUAAAUUUGUUGGUGCAACUUUUUCUCGAAAAAAGUUUUGAAUUAAGAUUUUAAAUAAUAUUUUUUUGUGUAGAAAGUUAUUCAUUUUCAUAUUAAAAUGGCAGCUAGUGCUCCGAGUUAUGUUAUGGAUCAGAUUGAAGAAGAUGCGAGUGAAUUACAAUUUCCGAAGGAAUUUGAAAAUGCAGAGACUCUUUUGGUAUCAGAGGUCCUUAUGUUAUUAGAACAUAGAAAGCAGCAAAAUGAAAGCGCAGAAGAAGAACAAGAAUUGCCUGAAGUAUUUAUGAAAACUCUGAAUUACUGCCAACGAUUUAGUAGGUUUCGUAAUCGGGAAACGAUAUCUGCUGUUCGAAGUUUGUUGACUCAGAAAAAGGUUCACAAAUAUGAACUUGCUCAGCUCGCAAACCUCUGCCCGGAAACUCCAGAGGAGGCAAAAACAUUAAUACCAAGCUUGGAAGGUAGAUUUGAAGACGAAGAACUUCGUCAAAUAUUGGAUGAUAUCCAAACUCAAAGAAGUUUUCAAUAUUAGUCAUAUCUCAGGGCUUUGAAUUCCAUUAAAUUAACUAUUCAACAGUUAAUGACUAUUUAUUAAUUGGCUAACUUUAAGGAUUGUAACUUAUUUAUGUUGUGAUAUUUUUCUGUGUCUACUGGACAUAUCUAAUAUUUCUUUCAUUGCUCUUUAAUAUUUAGAAAUUAUACUGUUAAAAUGAAAAUACUAUAAUUGUAAAAAAUUUAAAUAAAAAUUUCUAAAGUAAAA